GAUCUCUGAGCACAUUUAAUAACUACUUUUGUCUUGACAAUGGCUUGACAUUGACAGUGUCCUUGUUCCCCUGCUUUACUUUUGGUAAACUGAUAUUUCAGACAUUGUGCUUGGUUGUUAUAUGAGAGAGCAAUUCAAGGUUUUCAGAUUAAGUUAGACAAACACUCUUCUAGGAUGGCUUAGACAGGGAUGGUCCUGCCAUGAGCGAGGGGCUGGACUAGAUGACCUCCUGAGCUCUCUCCCAGCCCUGCUUUCCUAGGAUUCUCCUCAAAGGGUCUCUGUUUUCUCAUCCUGUGACACUUUCUCUGCUCCUUCCACUCCCUUCUCAGGGGACAGCGCAGCACUGAGCGAUGGAGCUGGACAAUCAAACUUUCCAGACAGAAUUCCUCCUCUUGGGCCUUUCAGAGCUGGGGCCCUGGCAGUCUGUGCUGUUCCCGGUCUGUCUUUGCAUCUACCUAGCAGGGCUGGUGGGGAACCUGCUCCUUGUCUUCUUGGUAAAGACUGAUUCGCACCUGGACACCCCCAUGUACUUUUUCCUUGGUAACUUCUCCUUCCUGGAGAUCUGCUUCACAUCAGUGACCAUGCCCAGGCUCCUAGCUAACACACUGGCAAGCAUGAAGGCCAUUUCUCUGCCUGGCUGCCUGCUGCAGGUGUACUUCCUUCACUCCAUGGGCUGCACAGAGUGCUUCCUCCUGGCUAUAAUGGCCUUUGACCGCUACCUGGCCAUACACAGGCCCCUGCACUACAGCACCGUCAUGACCAGGCGCCUCAGUGUGACCCUGGAGGCCACCACAUGGAUUGCCUGCCUCCUCUACUCCUCCCUCCACAGCGUGAUCCUGUCUCAGCUCUCCUUCUGCAGGAGGUCCCAGGAAAUCCAUCACUACUUCUGCGAUAUUCCUGCUCUGCUGCAGGCAGCCUGCUCAGAUGUUUCCCUUGGCAAGAGCGUGCUGCAUGUUGCUGGCACAGUGGUGGUGGUCUGUCCCUUUGCCUGGACCUUGCUCUCCUAUGUCCUCAUCCUUGCAGCCAUCCUGCACAUCUGCUCUGCCCAGGGCUGAGCCAAGGCCUUCUCCACUUGCACCUCCCACCUUACCAUGGUUCUGCUCUUCUACGGCACAGUCUCCAUAGCGUAUGUGCAGCCUCAGAGGAGCUGCUGCUCAGAGAUGGACCGGCUGGUGUCACUGCUCUACACCAUUGUGACUCCCACACUGAACCCCGUUGUGUACAGCCUGAGGAACAAGGAGGUGAAGGGAGCCCUGAAGAGACUGCUGAGCUGGGCAGAUUGCUCCUAGAGGACCCGCCCUGCCCUCUGCGUUGCUGCUUCUUGCUCCACCCCCAUCUAGCCUCCAUGAUGGCUGCACCUGGUUUGCCUUCUCCCUGCCCACAACACCUGGAACUGGAGAAUGACGCCCAUGACUGCCCACCUGGGAACCCAGUUUCUUUCCCUGGGAGAAGUCACAGUUCCCUUCCACGUGUCCCUGGCCCUCUGCAUCUCAGCACCUUCUGAUUGUUUCUCUCUGUGCAGUGACCAGGAGUGGCCAUUGCUUAGCUGUGUCUGGGUCAGUAAAUCAUAUGGUGUCUUCAUUGGUCACCAGCAUGGGGCUUCCAGCAGAACAGCUUGUGGGUGGGCAGUCACAGUUUUAUUUCUUACCCAUGUAGCUUUGCUGGCUACCGUCUGGGGAACACUGGGCAGAGAGUCAUUGGUGAUGUGGCCACCAGAAUACUCUGAUGUGCAGAACUUGAGGGAGAUGUUGACCACCUGGAGACAGUCCAGAGAACUGAGGAAAGGGUGGAGGAUAUGCCAAUGGAUGAAUGUUGAUGCCAGAGUAACUCAGACUCCAACGAGCAAAUGUUAGCAGUUGAAGUAAUUCACCCUUGGAACAAUGUGCCAAGAGCUGCGGUGAAUUCUCUGUUUUCAAAUCAAGGUUGAAUUUUUUUUUUCUUUUUCCUGAAAGAUGCACCUGGCUCAAGCAGCAAUUAAUUCAGGGAAACCUCAAUCCUGCCCAUUGCCAUUUUUAACUUUAGUUUAGUACUUAGAAUGCCACCUCCCCUGCCCUUUCCGUUCCCUUGUUUGCUUUCCCCUUUUCCUAUAUUUUUCUGGCUUUCUCUUAAUGCCCCAAUCAUAUUUUCAAAUGUCUAAUUAUUUUAAAUGUCUUAUUUUUUCAAUUUUUUAAAAAAUGGGCAAAGUAAUGGAAUUGCCAAAAUUACUUUGAUUUAAUAUCAUUUAAUUAAUUUUACUUAAUUUCCCAUAGUACAAGGCCUACAAGCAAUCCUGUCAUGCUGACUUGGGUUGCCACUGGUCUGUUGAGUAUUUUGGGACACACAAGCCCACCUUCCCCUACAAACUCCUGACCUGCUCCUCCUGGGCUUCUCUCCUGGCCUCUGCUACUCCCUGUAAGCUGCCCUGCUGGAGACCUUCUGGAGUUGGGAUCUGUGCUUCAUGUGCUAUGUGCAUUUCAGGGGGCAUAAACUAUUCAUGCCACAAGGGCAGCCUUUGGGGUCUGUUGCCAGAAGGCUACAGGGACUGAGAGGUGUGGAUUUGCAUUGUUCCCCAGGUUCCCCAUGUAUUGUGCAUUUGCACCAAUACAUGGGGAACAUGCUGCUGCAUUUACCAAGGAGAAAAUCUAGCUCCCUCCUCCCUGGUUCUGCAGAGUCCUGCUGUUCCUUUACAUGCAAUGCUGGUCCAUGUCACAUUGCUCCAGUCACAAGCCUGACCCUUUUCUGUAUUUUUAUGAAUGAUUUAGUGUCUUUGUUUAG